AUGCGACGAGAGGUUGAUGCUUCGUGGGCAUGGCACAAUGGUGAGAUCACCGACAUUAAGCACAAGUUUGCGACCAUACGAAACGAUAUUGAGCAGUGCCUAGACGAGAUCAAAGACAUAGAUGUAAUACUGUCAUACGAGAAAGAAAGAAACGCUCUUACCCACCUCACAGAGCGUCAUAGAGAACUCGUUCAGCGAAUCAAGUCAAACGAUACGGAAGAGGCGAAGCUUCGAGAACGCCAGAAUGGGGCCAACGCCAGGCAACAAGAUGUACUAGAAAAAUCCAAGGUCAGCGAGUACUCUUUGCGGCUUUUGUUUGAUGAUCUGUUGUUCAAAAUCGGCGUUCUGUCCAAUAUUAAUAGCAUCGAUAAGAACCCACGAGUUCAAGUCAUAGACGAAGACGGAUCUUGGGCCGAUUGGUACUGGUCUGAAGACAACUGGAAUGAUGAAGUUGCAGAGGAAUGGAAGCAUGCACCGGUCGAGUUGCAUGAUGCAAUAACUACUAAUCCUUCGCAAUGCGACGAUCCAGAGAACACCUGGAAUAAUGCUUGGAAAUACUAUCCGGUUGAGGAGCCUCUGAUGCAAUUGCAAGAUAUUUCCCACCAAAGGGCAGAAGAGGCGAACCGUGUAGAGUUAGAAUUCAUUAAGAUCCGUGAGCGAUACGACUACGAGUUGAAAGCUUAUUUGUUCCAUCAGAAAGGGCAAUAUCACGGUGAAGAGGAUGAUGAAGAAGAAAGGCAGCAGCGACUAGAAGAAGAGUUUGGUCCAAUAUGGCUACAGAGAUGCCGAGAAGUCUCCGGAAAAAUGGAGGAAGCCGACGAAGCAUAUAUGCAAGCAGAGCAAGCUCUCUCGAUGCAAAUCGGCGGGAUCGCGAAACUAAAAGAGGCAAAUCAGAACCGCGACGACAUCUGUUGGUCCAGAGACAAGCCGUAUUGUGACAACCGCUUGGGGCAACCCGUUGAUGAAGAUGAGCAAAGACAUAGAGAUGCGCAGGAGAACUUCUUCCCCGCCUCAACCGACAUUACGAGCAACUCGCUGUCCAUCUGUGGAGAGGAUGUCGCACGCGCCACAGGUCACAAACGUCGAAAGAUCGACUGUCGAGAUACAUGCAUCGAAACGAAGAACAACGUCAACACACAUCCGACGAUACAAUACUAA